AUGGCGGCGACGACGCGCGCCGUGGCCCUGGCCCUGGUGCUGGCCCUGCUCGCGGACGCCGGUGGGGCCAUCUUCUUCCCCCGCGGCAGCAGGACGAGAUCUCGGCCUAAGUGUGUGCCUAAGACGCACUACGAGACGGUGGUUCAGGAGCAACCCGUAUACCACACCGUAACAGAGACGCGCAACGUACCUACCACCCACUACCAGACGGUCUCCCGGACGGUGAACCAGGUGCAGGUGUCCACGCAGCUGGUGCCGGAUUACUUCACCACCACCAGGUACCGCACGCAGGUGUCCACGAAGACCGUCACCACCACGGAGUUCGAGGUGAAGGUGAGGCCUGUCUACGUCACCACCACCGCCUUCGCCCCGUCCUACGUCACCACCACCGAGGUCUCCUUCUGGUACCAGACCGUCACCAAGACGCAGAAGGAUUAUGUCACCGUCACCGAGCAGGCGGACUGCGGAGGAGGAGGGGGAGGUGGAGGCGGAGGAGGAGGGGGAAGUGGAGGUUAUGGCGGAGGUGGAAGCGGUGGAGGCGGAGGAGGAGCAGGUCUUGGUGGAGGAGGAGGAUAUGGUGGAGGAGACGGCGGCCAGGGCGCGCCUUCGUCCGUAUACGGCCCGCUUCUGGCGCAGUCAGUCUACAUCGCGCCCUCAGUGCAGGAAUCCUACAGUGCCCCAGAUGCCCCGCAGGCUUCCUAUGGCCAACCAGAGCAGUCCUACAGCCCGCCCCAGUCAGCCGCCCCCCAAGCGUCCUAUAGCCCUCCGGCCAACGACCUCUCCGCCUCCUACAGCCCCCCGCAGUCCGCCCCACAGCAAUCCUAUAGCGCCCCACAGUCCACUCCACAGCAGUCCUAUAGCGCCCCACAAUCCACUCCACAGCAGGCCUAUAGCGCCCCACAGUCCGCCCCACAGCAGUCCUAUAGCGCCCCGCAGUCCGCCCCACAGCAGUCCUACAGCGCGCCGCAGGACUCCAUGGGGCCAGGGUACGAGAGGGACACCUUCGGGACUUUCGUCACAGGCAGCAUCGGGCCAUCCUUCGCCGUGUUCGACGAUCCCUUCGGCAUCUUCCAGGACGACGCAGGAACCGGCUCCUCGUACUCCAAGAAGCGAGAGGCGCCGAAGGAGGUGGCCCCGAAAGCCAAGAAGGAGGAGGAGGUAAAAGAGAAAGAGGAGGCGAAAGAGGAAGAGGAAAAGGAGGAAGAGGAGAAGGAAGAAACGAAGAAAACGAGCAGCGGGAAACCUGUCGGCUACGGAGUGACGCGCCUCAAGGGGAAAAGGAUUGAGAAAUGAGCUCGACACUCCUUAUAAUUCUGCAAUCCAAGUCCUACAUUCCAGCAAUCCUGCAACCUGACUCCAUCGCCAGGAACUAACCAUAGGAUUCUUCUUGUGUUCCUUUAGAUUGCCUUUAGAUAGGCGUCCGUUUCCUCAGAUCAAAUACUUAAAAGGUUAGCGCCAUUUCCCUUUAGCCUAUCGAACCCAAAAAUUAAAUUUACCUUUUCCCUAGAGUAUUCCGAGAACCGUUAGUGGUAAGCAACUCUUCGUUAUCAUAACUAAAAGAGGGAAAUUUGGGUUUUACUUCUGGUAAUUAUAACAAUAUCGAGAAAUUUAUAUAAAUAAUUAUGUCUCUAGCAGUAUCUGAUAACUACGCAGCAGCCUCAUUGGUUAAUCAGGAUGAUGUCAUUAGCUCCGCCUCCUUUAUAACCUUGUCAUACUUAGCGAUAAAAUGGUGUUUAAUCAAUAUUUCUUUGAAAAUAGUUCAGUAAUGACAAUGGUAACCAAA